AUGGCCUCAUUCGACGAUGACAACGACCCGAAUGCCGGCUCUGGAGAUGAGGAUGAAAAUGAAGAUGAGGAUAUGGAAGACGUCAAUGAUGGUGACCAAGAUCAGGAACAGGAAGCCGACCAGGACCUUGACGGGGCCGGCGACGAGGACGAGGACGAUGAGGGCGACGAUGACAACGAUAACGACAACGACGACGAUGACGACGACGAUAACAAUGAUCCAGACUCGCCGUCGCGGCGACCUAGCCAGCAUACUCACAUCCGAAGAUCCACAAGUCGAGACCGAGAAACCGGGAACAAUCCUGCAGUUGUUUUGACAUCACCAUCUCCACGCCCGGCAACGAGAUCACCUGGUAGCGCUGGAGUCGCAUCUUUCAUCCCUCCUGUUCGGCCGGAAGCCCUGACCGCGCAGGCGUACGACAUCGUGCCCACCAUGGCGGCACCGCAAAGUACAUCGAUCAACGCGAUAACGGCGACUCCGGACAUGCGAUGGGUCUUCUCCGGUGGAACGGAUGGUUAUGUACGGAUGUUMAAUUGGGUUGAAACCGCGAAUGGCAAGGUGCCCCUCACUGUUGCGCAGAAGCACCCUUUCGUAGACAGUGUCAUGAAGGCAGGCUCGUUACUCACGUACUGGGAAAAUGAAGAGGUAACACCGCAGACCCCGCCAUCGCGAAGCGACGAAGCGAAGUGGAUAAGUCCAGUAUAUUCUUUAGCCGCACAACACCAAGCGGUCUGGCUGUUGUCGGGGUUGGAAUCCGGCGCCAUCAAUCUUCAGACAUGCAGACAUCAGGCGGGUACACGGAUACACACAUUGAGAGGUCAUACAAGCGCUGUGUCAGUCUUGUCGUUAGCACAAGAUGAGACGAGUGUGUUGUCUGGUAGCUGGGACAAGACGAUCUGCGAUUGGGAUCUGCACAAAGGUGAGAAGAAGCGGUCUUUCCUGGGCUCAGGCAGUCAAAUCAGUGCGAUCGAGAUGCGACCGCUGAGCGACGCACCUGUGCCAGAGGUCUCAGAGAGCAAACCGGAGCCUGCGGGUUCUAACUUCUCCAGCAACAAUGCAGACAGGCCACAGACAAACGGCACGUUCACAAAUGGUAUCAGCCGACGACAGUCAAGAAACACCGAUGGCGACGAAGAUGCUGUGGGCUCGCCCGAGGGUAGCCUCUUUGGCGAUGGGGAUCAUGGUUCUCUAUUUGGGGACGAUACUGGCGGCGGAGGUGGAGGUAAUGCUUUUGGGGACGACGACGAUGACAUCUCCAGAGCUAUUCAAAAUGAGAUGACCGAGCAAGAUGCACCGGACGAGGCUGAGGAUGCGGCAAUGACUGGCAUGGGUGAUGGUGGCCCAGUGCAGCCUUCACAGGCUAGUCCGGCCCCAGGGGCUGCCCGUGAAGCUGUCGAUGAUGAUCAGAUAAACGGUCAAAGCGAUGCGGCCGCGGCAGGUGACGAGCAUCUAAAAGCGGCAGAGCAGCCCAUGGCUGUAGUCACAAACGGACUUCCGCAUUCAGAGGAACCUUUCACAGCCCCCCCGACCAACGAAGACACGAGAUCUUCAGGGUCGGAUUUGCCCCCACAGUCUGAAUCUACAUUCCUCGAUGCAGCGAUCGACGGGACCCUUCGCAUCUGGGAUAGGAGAGUAGCUGCGCCCAUCGCUACGAUCAAGCCAUAUGGCGGAACUGCACCGUGGUGUACGGGCGCCUGUUGGAGCCCUGAUGGCAAUUUCUUCUAUGCUGGCAGAAGAGGUUGUACAGUAGAUGAGUACUCGAUCCACCACUUGGGGAGCAAGCAGUCGGAGCCGAAGCGUGUGUUCAGAUUUCAACAAGGGAGCGGCCCUGUGUAUGCAGUGCGCGCAAUGCCGAACAAGAAGCACCUGAUCUGCGCUUCACAGGACAUUCUGCGCAUUUACGAUCUUGCGCAAGCCGAGACACGCCACAAGCAGGUACCCUUCACCAUUGUGCCAGGCCAUCGUGGCGGUAUGAUCUCGGCUAUUCACAUUGAUCCGUCUUGUCGGUUCAUGCUCUCAGCCUCGGGCAAUCGUGGCUGGGAAGGAGGUGGAACUGAAGUCUUACUUGGGUAUGAGAUCGGCGUUCAAGAUUCUGAGGGCUUGUGGCAUAAGUGA